AUGUGCCGAAUAGAAUAGAGUAGAAGGAAACUGUGAAGCAUGACCACCAGCCUUCGCGUAAUCAACUUGGACUCAACUCUUGGGGUUGUGGUGAAGUCAGGCUGAGAUAGGGGCAGUCAGCAGCAGUCACUCGAUCUGCUGCAAGCCAAAACUCUAGCUCUAAUGGUUCUGAAAUAGUAUGAGCGCUUGAAGAAGACGAGAACAUGCAGGUACAAGAACAGAGCAAAAGCAGGCUUUUCAAUGAAGAAGGGAGUUGAAACAUUGGCAGAUAAGCUCGAGGCCUGAGACAAAGAGAUGUGAUCUGUAUCCAUUCUCGUCGACACCGCUUCGGAAAAGUUCGUACUAGGCGACGAAGAGCGGUAUCAUAGGAUCUCGGGAAGGAAUGGAAAUAAACCCAUGGUGUCCGCCAAUUUGGACACCGAGAUUGUGCGUCGUUCGUAGAUUCCAUCAUCGGGGUGGACUUCCAAACCGUUCUGGUCUUUUCAACAGACGCAUUCUCCUGACUGCUAUAUUCGACCUUUCCCGACUUCAAUUCCCAGCAGAUGCUUCAAGGCUAGUCCAUUCUCUUGUAGUGCAUUGGCAGACGAUCACAAGCUGCUGUCUUUGCCCAAGAAACUGUGUAGUUGUACUAAUUUGGGAGAAGAAGUUGGGAGAUGCUGGAAUAAUGACGAUAAAAAGUCAUGGAGGUCCGCAGUCGUAUGGUAAUAGCCGGGAGAGGAGGAUUGUUCGCGGAAUGCCCAAGGGAAUUAUUCCCUCUCUACAUUGUCUACAUGGGCUCCUCGAGGGGUUCAUAUUUCGAGUAUGUACUGUAUGCAGCUUUGUCCGAGCCCACUUCCUGCCCAAGGUUCGAGAUCUUCUUCAAAUCUGCUGCCCGCGGUGUGUACUCGAGCUGAAGGAAGCAGCACGUCGCAGGCAUACAUGGCUGAUAUCCUUGAACGUUUCGUCUGCAGCUUUGAAGUGUGAAAAUGGUGGCUUCGUAGAGGUUGGGGAUGCUGGGGAUGCUGGAGUCUAUCACGCUGUUUUCUUUGGCACAUUGGUUGCUUGAUCGAAGGCUGAUGCAUCGUCCUAGCGCUUGAUCGGUCAGCAGAGAACAUAGAAGCGUUGAUGCGAUUUAGUCAAAUCUGCGGAGACUGUGUCAACCAUAGCAGCAC